AAGCAGCCAUUACAUUUUCAUGGGCGUGUUGAUGUGCAUUGAAAGAAUACGGUAAACAGAAUGAUGAUUGUGUUGUUCUGGUGUGUAUUUGAGAUAAGUGAAUAGAAAGGCGGAAGUGCAUUUGUUUUGAUUCGCGUUGACGAAAAUCAGGCUUAAUGUUUUCUUCAUCGAAGGCCAAAACUGCUGUAAUUUAGGAUUUCCGGCGUUGUGUCGAGAGCUGUUCCCCCGUGGAGAUGCGUUUCCCCUAACCUGAACCCUGACCUUAUCCGAACCAUAACCACAGAGGGGUGCGCUUCUAGAAACUCAGUUUUAAAAGGGGGGAACAGAUUUCAACACAAGACUGGUGCCAUGUUGCUGUCAAACAGAAAAACAGUUAUAACAUUAUAUAAUUGUUCUUGGCAUGAGGAUAUUAUCAUUAUGAGUUAUGCAGAGAAGGCGGAGGACAUAACAAGGGAAGAGUGGAUGGAUAAACUCAACAAUGUCCACAUUCAGAGAACAGAUAUGAACAGGCUCAUUAUGAACUACCUGGUGACAGAGGGCUUCAAGGAGGCAGCGGAGAAGUUCCGGAUGGAGUCUGGAAUUGAGCCUAGUGUGGAUUUGGAUUCCCUAGAUGAAAGAAUUAAGAUCAGAGAGAUGAUCCUGAAGGGGCAGAUCCAGGAUGCCAUUGCAUUGAUUAACAGUCUACACCCAGAGCUGCUGGAUACAAACCGUUACCUCUACUUUUACCUACAGCAGCAGCACCUGAUUGAGCUGAUCCAUUUGAGGGAAACUAUAGCUGCCCUUGAAUUUGCUCAUUCUCAGUUAGCAGAGCAUGGGGAAGAGAGCUGAGAGUGUUUGACAGAAAUGGAAAGGACACCGGCAUUGCUGGCAUUUGACAACCCUGAGGAUUCGCCUUUUGGAGACCUGCUCAAUAUGAUGCAGAGACAGAAGGUAGGGUGAAUAUUUCACUAACAUCUCACAAAGAACAGAUUAGUU